GGGGAGAGAGAGAUUCAUCAAUCAUCAAUUGCUUAAGAGCUAUGCAAGGGGGCGAUUCCAGUCUAUUAAGAGGCCACCAUUUCUUGCUUCCGAUCUCCUCAUCUCUCUCAAAAAAUCUCCAAUUCUCGCAAUAAGAGUUUACAGAAGUUUUUGAAAGGUGAAAGAUCAUGAUCAAGAUUGGUACCGGAGAAUUCCCAAGUGGACAAGCAUGGGAUCACAAGGGGAAAACUGAGCUUGUACAGAUUUUCAUUUCGUACGAUGAUGAUGCUAUUAAAUUCUUACAAUGCCUUUAUGCUGAGAAUGGAAAGCUAGUUUUGUCCGAGCGCCCUGAUGGUAGCUAUCCCGGAAAAAAAUUCAGCACAGUUAUGCUCCAAUAUCCAGACGAGUUUCUAACAUCACUGACGGGAACUUGUUCUGAAGGUUCUGGCUAUGAGAAAUUGACUUCCAUCGAGUUCGGUACCAACCUACGCAGACAUGGACCAUUUGGACAGGUGUACAGGGGUGGCAAGGAUUUUGAUUUCCAAAUGGGCAACCAUCAGCCAUUCGGUGGAUUUCACGGCACUACUGCGUCCUGUGUUCUGGAAUCCAUUGGGGUCUAUGUCAAGCCAAUUGCCUCGCUGAGCAACCCCAACUCCGACCAACAGGUCAAAGUCCUGUGAUACUAGUAAAAAGUGAAAAAUAUCUAUUUAGACCUUUGAUCUAUUAUCGAUCACCACCUCCACACUAGUUGAUGUGAUUAUGCCUAUAUAGUUUCGUUGGUUUAUCUGUACUUAGUUAUAGCUGACUUCUUUUGUGUAAU